UCCUAGCCCACAAAUCUCUUCAUCUGCUUGCCUUCCCUGUAAUUCCAUUCAAAGGGACAGUCCGUUCUGCAAUAAGGCGCGAAUUUGUUCCAACCCGACCACUAUGCCGGCGUAGCCUAGUGCCGCGUACUUUGCGUUUGCUCGUGUGCGAUUCCGCCCUCGACAAGGUGCGAGAAGGGAGCCCACGGCCGGGAGCCUGUGGCCCAGCCUCCUCGGAGCACGCAGGCGCAAACCGCCCGCCGCCGUCGGGGACCCGCGCCGGGGGGCUCUCCUCGGAGAUCGGGCGGGUGGGCAGCCCCUCCUUCGGCGGCGGCGGCGCCCGCGGUGAGCGGCUCCCUGCCCCAGGCCCGCGCUCGCCCCCAGCCCGGCCAUGUCCAAGCGCCCCGGCUCCAAGCUGCCCGGCGGCGGGGCCGGCAAGAGGAAAGCCCUGAGCAUCAAGGAGAAGCUGGACAUCAUCAAGCGCUUUGAAGGCCACGAGCGAACGUGCGACAUCUCCCGCGCCACGGGCCUCAAGGAGUCCACGCUGCGCACCAUCCGCGACAAUGCGGGGAAGGUCAAAGAGACGUCCCGGACGGACGGCGGUCCGAGCGCGGCCAAGGCGAUCCGGACGCGGCCCAAGGAGAUGGAGGAGAUGGAGAGGCUGCUGAGCCUGUGGAUGGAGGGCAAGAGGUCGGGCACCGCCUUCCUGACGGCCAAGGGCAAGGCGCUGUCCAUCUACGCGGACCUGAAGCGCAAGGAGCCCAACCCCGGCGACGUGGCGCCCUUCCGGGCCAGCUGCGGCUGGUUCAGCGGCUUCAAGCACCGCUACAACUUCCAGAGCCUGCAGCUGCUGGGCGAGGCGGCCAGCGCGCAGCUCAAGGCGGCCAAGGAGCUGCCCGCGCUCAUCCAGAAGCUGAUCAAGGAGGAGGGCUACACGCUCGACCAGAUCUUCAACUUCGACGAGACAGGCCUCUACUACAGGCGCAUGCCCCGAAGCACCUACAUCGCCAAGGCCGACAAGCACGGGCCCGGGCCCAAGGCGGCCAAGGACCGCGUCACCGUCAUGGUCGGGGCUAACGCCAGCGGGGACCUGAAGCUGAAGCCAGUCGUGGUUUACCGCUCAGCCAACCCCCAGGCCUUGCGGGGCAUCGUCCAAGCCAGCCUCGGCGUCCACUACCGCUACAGCAAGAAGGGAUGGAUGACCGGCCAAAUCUGCAUCGACAUCUUCGCCGAAUUCUUCCCCGUUCUAGAGGAUUACUGCAAGAAGAAGAACUUGGCUUUUAAGAUCCUGAUCAUCAUCGAUAACGCGCCCAGCCAUCCUCUGACCAUCGCGGAGCUCAACCCAAACGUCAAGUUCAUCUUCCUGCCUCCGGAAACCACGUCCCUGAUUCAGCCCCUCGGGCAAGGGGCGAUCGCCCUGUUCAAGGCAUACUAUCUGAGGCGAACAUUUAAGAUGCUGCUUGCUGCUACUGGAGGGGAGAAUGCCGAAACUGUUCUCGAAUUCUGGAAGAGAUUUAACAUCAAAGUGGCCAUCGAUAUCAUCGUAGAAGCCUGGAAUGAUGUCACCAAAGAGUGCUUGCAUCGCGUGUGGAAGAAAAUGCUCCCCGACUUGAUUCAUGACUUUAAGGGGUUUGAACCUUCUGAGCAAUUGAAAAAAAUCAAAGCGAGCUGCGUCGACCUGGCCAAACAAGUGGGAUUUGAGGGGGUCAAGAAAGAGGACGUGGAUGAGCUUCUGGAGUCUCCUCCUGAUCACCCAAGCGCCCAAGACAUGCAACAGCUCGCUGCCGAUGGGCCAGUGGAGGCGGAAGAUGAGGAAGACGAUGACGGUCAGAAGGCUGCGCCCCGGCAGCUGGACACGCCUCAGUUAUCCGAUGUUUUAGGUGUGAUUGAGAAACAGUUGCAAUGGCUUGAGGAUAAUGACUAUAACGCAGAACGCAGCAGAAUCGUGGCUCGCGGCAUCCGGACCAAUUUGGAACCAUACCGGCACCUUCAGUACGAAAGGAGGCGGCUAGCCAAGCAGCAGAAAUUGUAUGUAUAUUUUAACCCGACCACAUCCGGAGGCCCAACUUCUCAUAUGCCUUUGGAUCACCCUUCUUCCACCGCUUCAAAAUGACUCACAGGCUGCAACCCUUCGCAUCAACAAGCAAACUUCAGGUCUUUAUCAAGGUGAAGUGCCAUUUAACGUGUAUAAAACUGUGCUACCAUUUUAAAAUUAUGUUUCUAUUUUGUUUAAAUGUGUCAUUUACAACGUUUUGGAGUGUGCUGCCCUAACCCCCUUUCCCCCACAAGCCCAGUGGCUUUUAUGGCUCCAUUUUGCCUCGGAAGGUGAUUUUUUAAUGAACACGUAGAUCGAGUUAUUGCGUCAUUGGCUCUAUUUUAUUAAGUGGCACCUUGUGAGGGCCUUGAGUCGGGGGACACAGAUAAAACAGACAGUGGACCAAGCAGCAGGCAUUUAUUAAGUACUUACUGAGAGCUAGGUACUGUACCAAACCCUGGCUUGUGGAGAAAAACAGAGCUGUCCCUGCCCUCACGACGCUUACAGACUUAAAAAAAAAUAGCUUUGGUGGGUGCUCCUUGUCUUUACAUUUCCCCAUGUCCACCUCACAGUAAAAAGAAGAAACACCUUGAAGUAAAACCAGUCCACACUCUGAGGUUCUGUCCUCAAGAGCCGAAGGAUUCCACAGCUCCAGAUCUACACUCUUUGGACAGAAGGGAGGUCUCUUUCCUUAGCUGCUUCUACUCCCAGAGCCAGGAAGGUACAUCUCCCUAUCCAAGGGCUUUAGGUUCUUAACCUUUGUUGUGACACGGACCCCAUUGGAAGUCUGGUGAGGACUCUGCAUCCCUUCUCAGGUGCCAUCUUCUGCAAGGAGCCUUUCCUGGACCUCCCACCUGCUAGCACCCUCCCUCCUAACAGAGCUUGUGUUUAAGUACAUGCUCAUUAACAGGACCUCUAAGGACUCCAAGAAAAUCUCCUGUGGUGCCAGGAGAGUUUGUGUCUAGGUUUCACCAAAGGAAGGAAACACAGUCCGUGGCUGCUGAGGAGACUUCCAAACAAUGGGCAUCAGCUUUGGGACAGACUUCAUUUCACCCCCACCCAAAAUGCUGACAACACAAAGAAUCCCCAGACCCAGGGAACAAGCAGAGCCGUCAGACCACCCCUCCCGCUUGCUGUUGGACAGCCCUUUGAGGUGAAUGGAAGUCCUUCUUUCCCGCAGAAGCCCACCCAGAGUCCCAAGGGCAGAGCACUCUGGUGGCGUCUGAACAAGGACGCCCUUGCCAUCAGUCGCGCCCUGCCCAUGGAACUCACAGCAAGAGCAGGAGAAGGGUCCUGGUGGGGUCUAGGCCUCAUCCUCCAGUCAACGCCUUAGUCCUUCCAUUAUGGGGAGCAUUUGGGUGAUUCUGUCCCUUCUCCAGCCAGUCCCAUGUACAAACAAUCCUGCUGGGCUCUCAAAGUCCUGGACCACCAAGCCCCUUCCCAGCUCUCCAGGCUUCUCACCCCCUUCCACAGAUUCUUCACCUGGCUAUUUUCCUCCGAUGCAACCCUCUCAACAUCUCCCAACUGGCUGUCCACUAUGCCCGGGAUGCUCUGCCUCCUCGCCUCUGCCUCCUGACUUCCUUCAAGCUUCAGCUAAAAUGCCAACUUCUGUAAGAAGCCUUUGCCAGUUCUCCUUAAUGUUCAUGUCUUCCCUCUGAGCUGACCUCCACUCUAUCCUGGCUAGCUCAUCUGUCCGUGGAUAUUUCCAUGUUGUUUCCCCCAUUGGACCGUGAGCUCUUGGAGGGCAGGGACUGGCUUUUGUCUUUCCUUAUAUUGCCAGAGCCUGGCAUGCAGCAGGCACUUAAUAAGUGCUCAUGGUUUGACUUGACUUCUCCAAGAAGCAUAUUGAGUUUUUUGGUUUUUUGGGUUUUUUUUAAAGUGAGGCAAUUGGGGUUAAGUAACUUGCCCAGGGUCACACAGCUGGUAAGUGUUAAGUGUCUGAGGUUGGAUUUGAACUCAGGCCCUCCUGACUCCAGGGCCGUGCUCUAUCCACUGCGCCACCUAGCUGCCCCUGAAGAAACAUAUUGUUAGGGAAAUUUCCCUCUGGCCCAAAGCUUCUCAAACUGUGUGUCAUGAUCCCAUAUGGGGUCAAGUAAGUGAAUAUGGGGGUUGUGAAAAAUUUGGCAGUAAAUGUUUGAUUUGCAUAUACCUAUACACCUGGGGUUGUGCAAAAAUUUCUCCAGUGAAAUGGUCUUGAGUGGAAAAAGUUUAAGCCCUGCUGUUCCUUGCCUAGAGAUCCACCCUCUUACCCUCAGGUCUAUGCAUAGAUUUCUCUCUCUCUCUCUCUCUCUCUCUCUCUCUUGCAGGGCAAUGAGGGUUAAGUGACUUGCCCAGGGUCACACAGCUAGUAAGUGUCAAGUAUCUGAACUCAGGUCCUCCUGAAUCCAGGGCCAGUGUGUUAUCCACUGCGCCACCUAGCUGCCCCUAUGCAUAGAUUUCUGGUGGGCUCUAUAACUUGUGUUUCUAACAUACUGGUAACUGAAUUUCAGUUUGAUUGGUUUCCUUUGAAAUUCUAGGUAUUUUGUUUAAUUCACUGAUAUCAUUCUGAGAGGUGGUCUGGUAGCACAAAGAAAGGCUCAAAAGAGCCUGAGGCUGAACUCUCAAGUUUAGGACCUACUAAAUAGGGGAAAUCUCAAAGAUGGGGUUACCUAAGGGGCAAACCCCAGGGCCAAGUGGGAAUAAUUCUCUGCUUCUCCAGGGGAUCUCUCAGGGGCCUGGCUGCUACCAGCUCUAGAGCUGGGCAAGUCUCCUGUCAGGAUGCUUGGGGAAGAACCUGCUGAUCUCCUGGGCUUUGCCCCCCCCCCCCCCAUCAGGCACUUUCGACUGGGAGAAAGAGAAUUCUGUCUCUGCUCUUCCCAUAUGGCUGAACACUGCUCUGUCUUCUGAAGUGUGUGUGUGGGGGGGGGGGGGGGGGCGGGGCGCUGCUCUAUCAGUUUUUAUAAACCAGAGAGGGUGGGGUCUUCUGACAAAGGCCAAUCUUCACAAGUCUGUCAGGUCAUUAUCUUGGAGGCAGCCCUGGUCUCUGAAACCCAAUGAAUGAUUCCGAGAGUCUUCUCUGCUAGCCAUGCUGAUCUUUCUUGGGGAGGGGCCCCUCUGACACCAUUGGGCUCAAUCUUCUUUUUGACCCUUUUGGCAAUUGAAUGAGGCCUAUGGAGCCCUUUUCAGAAUAAUGUUUUUAAAUGCAUAAAACAAAAAUAUAGGGUUACAGAGACAGAGGAAACCAAUUAUGAUGAAAUAAAAUUAUCAAAAACAUUUUCUUUUAAACCACACAAAUGUACAGACCCCUGCUCUAAACUCCUGCUCAAUAACCUCAUUGACUGGAGCAACUCAUCAGACAGAACACUGACUUCUCAGAUAAAUCGGCCUACAAGUAUUAUUGCAGUAAUUUUCCUUUGUGCUUUUUGGUGUCAUUUUCAUACAAGUCUUCCUAAGGGUUUUUCUGAAGCUAUAUCUAUCACUACUUUUUACUAUGCAAUAAUAUUCCCUUUCAGCAAAAUCCCAUGAGAUUCAUUCACUCAACGAAUAUUCAGUAAAUGUAGCAUGCUCCCUCCCCUCCCAAAGCACAUACUUCCCCCAAUGACAGGCAGCUGCUUUGUUUCCAGCUUUUUGCUAUGAAAAAAAAAAACAACCAAGAAAAGAAAGUAGUUUAUGGUCUCCUGGAGGGCCCAACAUGGACAUAGGGAAGUCAGUAUGAGAACAUUUGCAGAGGGGGAGGAGAUCAGGGCAGGCCUCCCAGAGGAAGCGGCAUCUGAGCCAAACUUUGGAGAGAGACAAGGAUUCCAAGUUGUGGGGUGGGGAAGGAGAUGUAGAGACAAAUUCAGGGACCAGCUGGGGCUGUAGCCUGGGGGAUAAUAGGCUAUAUCAGACACAUGAAAUGACAAGAUGGAACCAACACCAGGCUAUGGCAUUUCUGUUUUUCCUAGAAGCAAUAGGGAGCCAAUGAAUAUUUUUGAGGGGUGGAGUGAUAGGGUUACAAAUAUGUCUGAGAACUUUAAAUAAAAAUGUUUAUUAUUUUAAAAACCCAAGUAUGUCUGAGGAAGAUGAUUUUGUUGGUCAUUCAGGGGGUCAACAAGCAUUUACUGUGUGUGGGGCAUCUAGAUGGCACCAUGGUAGCUAGAGUAUUUGGGCUUGGAGUGUAGAAGACUUGAGAUACUUCCUAGCUGUAUGACACUGAACAAGUCACUUAACCUAUUUGCCUCAGUUUCCUCACCACUAAAAUGGGGGUGAUAAUUCUAGGACCUACCUCACAAGGUUGUUGUAAGAAUUCCAUGAGAAAAUAUACAUAAAGUGUUUUAUAAACCUUAAAGUUUGUGUAUGAAAGUUAAAGUGUAUAAAGUGCAUAAAGUUAAAGUGUAUGUAAAUAUUUGCUAUGAGCUAUUCUUGCCAGGCACUGUGCUGGAGGCAGCUGUGUGGAGGG